UUAGAUAGAAUUCAAAAGGCCCUUUUCUCCGAAAUUAAAAGAUUUAAAAAAAUGUGAAAUAUCGUAGGCCUCUCUCUUUGCUUAGCACUACUUAUUCAUCGUCUGGCUAAAAUUUGCGUUUGACCUGUUUAUUAAAAUCGGCUAUAGUAGGCUAAGUUAAAUACGUUAAGUGUUUAUAGGCUAUGACCAUGAUUACCACUUUUCAUCUAGCAGUAUAUUUUGUUUAUUAUGUUUGGAAUACUUAUAUUUCUCGUCAAAUCGUUGAUGAUCAAAAUGGGCCUAGCCAAAAUGGUAAUGAUCCAUCUCAACAUAGGCCUAGUAUGCCCAGAGGCAAUGGAACUAACAAUACAGAAGCAAGGCCUACAAAUGUUCACCAAAAUGAAGAACCGAACAUUUCUCCCAGCCCUAAUGAAUCAAGUUCAGAUUUAAACACUACACUGAGACCUGCGGAUCAAAAUGUUCAGCCUUAUAAGAAUAAUAAAGGGGACGAGAGUAAGGAGAAUUUAAAUCCUGUUCAGUCAAAAACAGUAAGCAUAUUUUCUGAUGACGAUAAGAAUGCAUCAGAUUUAAUAAUUAAUGUAAAACCAGAGUUUCGCUGUGUAAUUAUAAAGAAGAAAGUUCAGUUUUUUCCACCCGCAUACCUUCAACGCUAUAUGGUUAUAGAGAGAAUUUUAAAGGAACCUAAAUGGGAAUCUAGUGUCAAAAAGGUAGUUGACUUUGGAUGUUCAGAGCUGAGUUUUGAAUCGAGAUAUUUGAGGAAACUUCCAGGAAUUGAAGAAAUUGUUGCUGUGGACAUUGACUUGGAGACAUUGAAUAAUAAUUGUUGCAAAGUUAAUCCUUCUCCUUGUGACUUCUUAGACAAAAGGUCAACUCCCCUGUGUGUCAAAGUGUUUUGCGGAAGUGUUGCACACACGCACAACUCCCUCGCUGGUGCAGAUGCUGUAAUCGCCAUUGAAUUGAUAGAGCAUUUGUUUCCUCCCGAGUUAGACUGCUUACCAUUUACAGUAUUUGGAUUUAUAAAGCCAAAGAUUGCGAUAUUUACUACACCAAAUUAUGAGUUCAACAAACUGUUCAAGGGUUCGACUCGUUUUAGGCACUAUGAUCAUAAAUUUGAAUGGACUAGACAACAGUUUGAAGACUGGGCUCACAACCUGGUGGAGCGGUAUCCCGAUUACCAAGUGACAUUUGAAGGUAUUGGGCCGGGGCCGAAGGGCUCAGAAAAACUUGGCUGUUGUUCACAAUUGGCCAAGUUCAUCAAAGUCAAAGAUCGCAGCAACUCCUCUGAUGAUAUCCAAGAGCAAGAUGGGCAUUACACUCUGAUCCAAGAAUCUGUGUUCCCGUUUUACAAAGAUGAACGAUCGGAGGAAGAGAAGAUCAGAGAUGGAGCCGAGCAAUUUCUGACUCAUUGUAAGAUGCGCAGUCGGAUGUGUGAUGAAUUGGAACACAAAAUACCUCUCAAGGCUGUCAUGGGAAGGAUUGAAUAUCACAAUGAAGAAAAACUCAAAGAAAUACUUCUCGCAAGGAAAUGGGAUGUGAGAAAGAAUUCAAGUGGUGAAGAGGUAAUUGUGUUUAGUGAUAGUGAAGAAGACUGGGAACCAGAGGAAAAUGACUAUAUUACAACAGACAAUUGUGAUGUUAAUGUAAAUAGUGUAGGGAGCCCCCUUGUAACUGAAGAAAAUUGGGAUUUUAAUGAGUCUAGUAUGGAUAUGACAUUAACUGAUUCAUGCAAUGUUCAAUCAAACUCUAGAGAGAGCAGUAAUGAUCAAAAUUGGACAACAGAAGAGGGUUACCAUAGUUUAGAUACAGUAGAUAUUGGUGGGGAAUGUGGUUAUAGCACAAAUAUCUGUAGUGAUGUUGCAUCAAAUCUUAGUCCUACUUUAGAAACAACUGUACCUGAAACUGACAUGUCUGAUAGAUUUAGUUGUAGUAUUAUUGAGACUGUUUCAGAAAAAGACACUAACCUCAACUUUGAAAAGAGUGUUUAUGGCACUCCAUAUAAUAUUGGUUUUUAUAAUGGUUCAAAAUCUGACUGUGAUUGUUGUCUUCCUUUACCAAAUCAUACUGCCAAAGACUGUAAAAGAGCUCUGAUAAUGGAUUCUCCCAAAGAAUUUGUACAGUUUGGGAAGAAUCUUCAGGAGGAGGGCCCUUCUGGUUGUUUAAGCACUUUGUCUUCUCCCUGUGAUACUUCCAUAUACGCCACACCGUGUUGUUCCCAACGCCACAGGAAUAAUAUUCCAAAGUGCCUUUCCUUGCAGCAAAUAAAUACUAGUAGUUCACCUUCCUUUGGCAUUGAACUGGAUACAACAUUAAAUGAAAGUGAAUUAGUUUUGGACCAGAAGGAAAAGCUGAGUAGAUCAGUGGAAGGUGUUAGAAGCAUUGAGAAUGACUUGACUUGUAGCAGCACAAGCAGGGUGGUUGACAGUGGAUAUCCUGACUCUUACUCUGAGUGUAACAUGGACAUGGAUCUAACCCCUGAACAGUUUGAUGACAUUGAGACAGAGAGUGAGGAAAACGACGCAAGCUCUCGGUCAGUGUCUCCUCUACCCCUUCCACCACAGGUCCCUAGGUUGGUUGAUGAUGUUCAAAAUGGUGACGUCGCAAACAACAAUAGAGAUGGAGAAGGUAAUAAUUUAGUUGCGGACAUGGAUGAAGAAGCCCUUGAAUUUGAAGCAAGAAUCGAUGAAAUUAACAAUGAUGUACUUAAUCUGGCUGCUGCUAAUGAUGAUAGAUAUUUAGAUCACGACAUGCAACUAGUUGAAGAAAAUUGUGGUGACUGUGUACCUUGUAUUUCUGAUCUUUCAAUGUCAGACAUUCCAAAAGAUCAUCAGUACGAGUAUCAGGUUCCAGAUAUUGAAUUGUCAAAAAUAGUUGUUCCUAAAGAUAAAAAUACAAUUGGUGAUGUUAGUGAUUCAUCAGAUAUUUUGAGUUUGAGAAGCACAAAAUCUGACUCUAGUAUUGCACUAAAAUACUCCUUGAAUUUAGACGUAUCUGAGUAUGAUAAAAACACUCCAGAAUCAGGAACCGGCUGUAGCGAUACAAGAAGUAACAAGCUAAAAAUCUUUAAUUCUCUUACCACUGUUUUGGACGGUCAUUCCAAAUUCUCAAACAGCUCUUUAGUUCGACCAAUGGAAGUUUAUCACAUCUCAGAAAAUGGAUCAAAUACGUUUUCAAAACCAGUAUCUAAUGAAAUUAGAGUGCCAGAUCAACAGGAUGAAGCAGAAGAAAUUGCAAGCUCAGCUUCCAUUGUGCAUGAUGAUGAUACUCGUAGCUUACAGUCACAGUCAGUUUACCAAUCCGCUGAAUCCUUGAACAACCUUAGAGAGCUACAGAAUACUGAAUUUCCUAAUUGGUUAUUGAACAUCAUGAACUUGUACUUUGAUGAAGAUGAAGAAGAGAGUGAAGAUUCAGGGUCAAAUAUCUCGGUGACUGACAGCGAAGGUGAAGAACCGGUAACUGACAGCGAAGAUGAAGAACCAGAGCUGAACUAUGAUGUUCAAAUAGACGCAAGAGGUGGAGGCGAACCCCUGAGAGAGACAUGGCGUUGAUAAAAAAAAAAUGUAAAUUGUAAAAGACUUAUAUUUUUGUAUAUGUUUCAUUUGAAAUUAUUACUGUACAGAUUGAUUUACAAGUUUAUAUGAAAUAA